AAGUGUGAAAGGUGACAUUUGUAGCAGGAAAAAUAAGGCAUGAGUUAGAAAAUGUGCUGCGACACCAAAGUCUUAUAGUUUAUGUAUUCUCGUUUUUUUAUCGGUAUUUUAAGAUCCAGCAAAAAAGACAAAUCCUGUCAUGGCGGCGUGGGGAUGUCGGGUUCUUUUCCAGAGGGGAACUUACAUCAUGUUUCCUCGAGCUGCAGCAGAAAGUCUUGUUCAGCGGUUGGGUUGUGUCAGGACUGUAACCAACGCAACAUGGUUUGAUGAACACCUCACAGAGGACAACGCGAAGUACAUGAGAAACAGCAUGGCAGAGGAAUUCAGAAGACAGACGGCCGAAAAGCUCAAUCCACUCAAAGACGAGCCUUGGCCGCGACAAGAGUGGACGGAGGGAAGUCGAAGGGUUGGGUUAGUUGCUGUCAAAUUGGGGAUGGCACCUAUCUGGACAAAAACCGGAGAAAGACACGUAGUAACCAUGUUACAGGUACAAGAUUGCCAUGUAAUAAAACAUCUGUCUAAAGAAGAAUAUGAUGGACACACUGCUGCUCUCAUUGUAGGGGGGAGAAAUGCAUCACCAUUCCAUAAGUCUGAACCAACGAUGGAAAUGUUCUGGGCUGCAGGAGUUCCUCCAAAACAGAAAAUCACAACCUUUAAAGUGUCUGACAAUGCCAUCAUUAAGCCAGGUACUCCUCUGUAUGCAGCACAUUUCCGUCCAGGCCAGUACGUGGAUGUUACAGCCAAGUCCAUCGGUAAGGGUUUUCAAGGCGUAAUGAAGCGAUGGGGAUUCAAAGGUCAGCCAGCCAGCCAUGGUCAAACUAAAACUCACCGCAGACCAGGAGCUUCAGGACCAGGAGGGGAUCCAGCCAAGGUUUUCAAAGGGAAGAAGAUGCCUGGCAAAAUGGGCAACACCUACGUCACGGCUCACGGGCUGAAGAUUUGGAGGGUCAAUACCAAGUACAAUGUGCUGUAUGUUCACGGGUCUGUCCCCGGUCACAGGAACUGCAUCAUGAAGGUAAGGGACAGUAUCCUGCCAACCAGAAGCUCCAGUCUGCUCAAGCCCCCUUUUCCCACCUACUUUACUGAAGAAGAGGGCAACUUGGAUGAAGAUCUGUACGACGACGACUUGUUCAUUCACACAGAGCCAUCUUUAACACUGUCCUGACUGUUGAUUCACUCAACUGCAUCUGGAUGCUUUAAUAAAGAGUAACGCCUAAG